GUGGAUUCGAUGUCCGAUGGGUAUUUGCAACGCCCCCGCGACCUUUCAGCGAGCCAUGAACAUGGCUUUUCAGAAUUUCGUGAGAAAGACUCGUUUGGCACAGAGCAUCGUCAACUACUGCGUGAUUGUGUAUAUGGAUGAUAUCUUAGUGUAUUCGAGUUCCUACGAGGGACACGUGCAGCACAUCGAAUGGGCACUACACGCGUUACGGGAUGCGGGCUUCAAAGUGGCGCUUGAGAAGUGUCAGUUUUUUCUCACCACCAUUUCCUUCCUAGGGCACGUGGUGACAGACAAGGGACUCCAGCCGGAGCCACAGAAGGUGGCAGCUGUCAGGGAUGCGCCGGUGCCUACAACUAUCACGCAAGUUCGCACCUUUCUGGGCCUGGCCUCGUACUACCGAAGAUUUACCAAGGGCUUCGCGGCGAUUGCGGGACCCCUCACGAAUCUGUUGUGCAAAGAUCAGCCGCUGAUCUGGACGCCUAGGUGCGAUCAAGCGUUUUCCAAACUCAAGGCCGCUCUCAUUUCGACUCCGGUCCUUAUAAGACCGGAUCCCGAAAAACCUUUUGUUCUCAUCACUGACUGGCAGCCAGAGGCGAUUUCGGCGAUCCUUGCCCAGGUGGGACCAAGCGCACUCGAGGGUGUGGUGGAAUACGCCUCCAAAUCGGUCCCAGCUUGCAAGUGCAACUACGCCGCUCCGACGGGGGAAUGCUACGCGGCUCUCUGGGGAAUCAACCACUUUCGCGCUUACCUGUACGGACGAAAGUUCACCUUGAGCAUGGACUUUGACAUUCGUCAUCGGAAGCACAAGAGACAUGGGAAUGCGGACGGACUGACACGACUGCACCGGCCUGAGAAGGUUCCGAAGAGUGAGGAGCCACGUGGCCACAUCUCAAAGAUUCGGCAAGUUUGUCACCCUCGGCUCAAUGCUGAUCUUCGGCGUUUGAUGCGAUUCUCCUGCGACGAAGGUAUUUGUGCCGCCGCCGCGUUUCGAAUCGAAGGAAGUCCUCACGCAGUAGUAUUCGCGGAGGUAACCGCAAUUCAUAGGCGAGCGGGCCCCAGAACGAGCCACGUCACCACGGUUGCGGCGUUCAGCGGCGACAUCAGCUCGGUCAAUCCGCAGUGGCAUACCGCGAUCUUGACCUCGCUGCGCGAGUGGACGGAGCAAGUGUCCAACGUGUGGCAGCACGUCCUCGCCCGACAAGGGUAUAACCUCAUCCCGAUCUUUGCAUCGGAUUUUGGCAAUAUUCGCCGAUCACCGCCCAAGGUGCCGGGGUGCCGCCAGCUGAUUGCGCAAGAGCUCAUCGCACCAAUCGUGCAAUUGGCGGACGAUCUCUCGCCCGACAUCUAUUUACAGAGUGACGACAAUCCUGCUCCAUACAUUUUUGAGCGAUCAUUGAAUCCGUACCUUCAAUGGACUGCGUGCUUGGAGGAACCCAGGGAUGAGGAUACGCUACCAUCGCGGCAGGAGUAUCUGAAGCCAUACGAUAUCAUCCCUCACGCCUUCUAUCCGAAAGCAGAGAAAGUGGUGAUCGACGACGACGACGAAGACGACGAAAACGAGGAAACAUCGGAGGAGGGAAGCUAUAGUGAACAUAGCGAGGGCGAGCUGAGCGAAGGAGAAGAGGAGGAAGAAGAAACCGGAUCCGAGUGGGAAGCCUUGUCGGAAGAAGCGACGCGUACGGGAACGGAGGCGGAAGAUUCGAAAGCAGCGCGAAAGCGCCACCGGGAAGCGCCAGCUAGAGUUCGCUUGCGAAGCUAGCCUACGCAUCGGUAACGAUCCGACCAGGGAUCCAGAGCCGUCAAAGCCCGAAGAUG